AUGGACGCCACCAUGGGAAGCAUCGCCCCAACAGGGCUCAAGGGAAAGUUGGCAGCUCUUGAGGACUUCAUCUCUAUGCAAAAUGAGGAACUUGCUGCACAGCGCCAGGAGAUUGAGAGUCUUCGCGGAGACAAAGCUGGCAUUGAGGAACACUACCAAGGACAGUUGCAAGAACUCAAGAAGACUAUGGUUGGAGAUGUUCAACGUCUGCAGGAUGAAGUCAAGCGGCACUUCGUUCAACAAAAGGCAGAGAACCAACGCACCGCCCCAAGGUUUUCCAGCUACCUACGUAGUGUAGGUAAGACCGCAGAUAGGCAAUCCAAGCUACAGCUCUUGAGUUCCAAGCCCAGCGCAGAAUUCUCCGCUUGGGCGUCAGUGCAUCAGAGUUCCUUGAUGGCUGGCGACGAUGCACUUUCACAGGUUGCAAAAGCACUGAAAUCGUUGAAAGAGAACGAUCAAUUUCAUGGGGCAUUGGAGCAACCGCCUGUUUUCAAGGCUGUGCGCCAUUGGGCUGGGAUUGAAAGGUUGAAGCCGGAGGAGUGUGAAGAGUGGCAGUCGAACAGUCAGCUCAUGUUUGUUUUGGCGGAGCUGCGUCGUUUGGAACAUUAUUGCCGCGCAGCAGGCAUGAAGGUGCCACUGGAGCAAGUGCUUGCUGGCAAAGACGAACUUCCUCUCCCUGACGGUAGACGGUUGCGAGGCGGAGAAAUAGAGAUCAUGAAGAAGGAGACAGAUGAAACUGAGGACCUUCCAGAUCUUACUCCUGUAGAUCCUCGACUUUGGAGGAAGACUUUCCUCUGGCAGAUCAUAUCUGCGGUCACUCUUGCCCUGGUGAUGAAAAUCAGUCUUUGGUACCAGGAAGAGCAAACUUUGGCCUCGGGCAAUGCCUCGAUGGAGCUUUGAUGGCCUCAGCAGAGCUGGACAAAAGAUGCCAGCUGAUUUCUAAGAAUAAGAAAUAGAAUCUGUGCCGUCAGCAAGGUCUAUGCCAUGCAAAA